AUGAGCAUGUCAGCACGGGUCGCGUUUGGAAAAGGGCGCCUCACUCCCAAGCAGCUCUCCUUCGCUUUCCCUCAGUCAGAUUCCCUGAGGAAAGGCAGCCGGUGUGCAGGAGGAAAGAGGAGGAUGUUCUCAUUUUCUAUAAGAUGUCGACUGGGCAUCAUCAGAGGCAGAACCAAAGAUGAAGGGCCAUACUCAAAGGGGAGCAAGGACUCUGCGGCACCUGACCAAUCAGGUUCGUCCUACAGGCGCAGCUUCUCGGAGGAGUGCCGAGGAGUGACCACAGUGGACCUGAUGAAAAGGGAAGGCAGCAGCCUUGGCCUCACCAUCUCCGGAGGCUCAGAUAAAGACGGCAAGCCCAGAGUGUCAAACCUACGGCCAGGUGGGCUAGCUGCCAGGAGUGACCAGCUGAAUGUUGGAGACUACAUCAAGUCAGUGAACGGCAUCAACUUGUCAAAGCUUCGCCACGAUGAGAUCAUCAGCCUGCUGAAGAACAUCGGGGAGCGAGUCAUGCUGGAGGUGGAGUACGAGCUGCCUCCAUUUGUCCAGAACCCAUCAGGCGUCUCAACCAAAACCAUAGAGGUGUGUUUACACAAGGAGGGGAACAGCUUUGGGUUUGUCAUGAGAGGAGGCUUCCACGAGGACUGGCGCAGGUCACGACCUCUAUUGGUUACAUACGUCAGGCCUGGAGGUCCCGCUGACAGAGAGGGCACUUUGAAGGCAGGAGACCGAGUAGUGAGCGUAGACGGGAUGCCUUUAAACAGGGAAAAGCACGCUGACUCUUUGACCAUGCUGAUGCAGAGCGGCCAGGAAGCUCUGUUCCUGAUUGAGUAUGACAUCUCUGUCAUGGAGGCAGUGCAGCGAGCCUCGGGCCCUCUGCUGGUGGAGAUAGUGAAAGGUCCCUCCACCAGCCUUGGGAUCGGCCUCACUACAACAAUAUACAGGAGCAAACAAGUUAUUAUUAUAGACAAGAUAAAGGCAGGCAGCGUGGUGGAAAGGUGUGGAGCGCUGCACGCAGGUGACAUCCUUCUGUCUAUAGACGGGACCGGCACGGAGCACUGCUCUCUGAUGGAGGCCACGCAGCUGCUCGCCAGCACCACUGAUGUCGUUAAACUGGAGAUCCUCCCCGCCAGUCAGAGCAGACUUCCUGUCAGACCGCAAGACACAGUAAAAGUGCAGAAGAGCAACAAUCAUCACUGGGACCAAAGCAGCAACUACUGCCAUCCCCCACAUGCCAGCCACGGGAAGACAUGGAGCAGCCCAAGCCACCCACACAACCAGCAGGACCACUGCAAAUCGGUGGUGAGCGGUGGCUUCUCUCCUUCCUCCACAGCCACCUCAGGCUUCAGCAGCCAGGGGAGCAACACGCUGCCCUGCCCCAUCCCCCCCAGCAGCCCCCGAAACUCCACGGGCCGGAGGAGGAACAGGAAGAAGGACCACAAAAGCUCACUAUCUCUGGCUUCCAGUUCUGUUGGGCCGGGGGGGCAGAUCUUUCAUGUGGAAACGAGCGAGGUCAUCCUGAGGGGGGAUCCGCUCACAGGUUUUGGGGUCCAGCUGCAAGGAGGUGUCUUCGCCACAGAAACGCUGUCUGCUCCCCCAGUCAUCCGCUUUAUUGAGCCCGACAGCCCAGCUGAGAGGUGCGGGCUGCUGCAGGUUGGGGACCGGCUGCUGUCCAUUAACGGGAUCCCGACUGAAGAUGGCACUUUGGAGGAAGCCCAUCAGCUGCUCAGAGACUCUGCUCUGGCCAAUAAGGUCACAGUGGAGAUUGAGUUUGAUGUCGCAGAGUCAGUGGUUCCCAGCAGCGGCACCUUCCACGUUAAACUACCCAAGAGGAGAGGAGUGGAGCUGGGCAUCACCAUCAGUGCAAGUAAAAAACCUGGAAAGCCCCUCAUCAUCUCCGACAUCAGAAAAGGAAGCAUAGCACACAGAACAGGCACUCUGGAGCCUGGAGACCGGCUGCUGGCCAUCGACAGCGUGCGUCUGGAGAACUGCUCCAUGGAGGACGCCAUGCACGUCCUGCAGCAGGCCGAGGACAUGGUCAAACUCCGGAUCCAGAAAGACGAGGACAACAUUGAUGAGUUGGAGAUGUCGGGCUCUAUAAUCUACACAGUGGAGUUGAAGAGAUAUAACGGACCGCUAGGCAUCACGAUCUCUGGGACAGAGGAGCCCUUUGACCCCAUCGUCAUUUCAGGCCUCACCAAGAAAGGCCUGGCAGAGAGGACCGGAGCAAUCCAUAUAGGAGACCGAGUGCUGGCCAUCAACGGGGUCAGUCUGAAGGGGAAGCCGCUGAGCGAGGCCAUCCACCUCCUGCAGAUGGCCGGGGAGUCUGUCACCCUCAAGAUAAAAAAACAAGCUGACAAGUCUGAUGGCCGGCGGCCUCUGGACAGAGAAACUGGGUUUUUAAGCGACACAGAGGAUGAGCUGACAGACUCCCAGAAAACCAGCAAACACUCGGAGGUCUACUCUGCCACUCUGCCCAGUUUAGACUCUGCCAUGAGCUCCUGGGAUAGCUCAGGGUUCGAUGCAGGCUACGGUAGCCAAGGGACAUAUCUCCACAAAGCCUCAGAUCUAUUGCUCAAUCCAAAUGACUGGCGACGCACGAAGCUCAGGAGCCAAAUCGGCUCCAGCUCUGCAGGCCUGGUCCACCACUCAGCGCUGUACGAUGGGAGGUUCACUGAGGACGAGUGGGAUAAUAGACCUGGAUUCGUCAGCCCCCCUCGUUGCCAUGGCACCCUGAACCAGGAUGACAGCUUCUGGUCCCAGGCUCUGCAGGACCUGGAGACCUGCGGACAGUCGGAGAUACUCAGGGAGCUGGAGGCAUCCAUGACAGGUAGCGCUCUCAGUCUGUACCUGGAGGAAACCAAGACCAACGACGACUCAAUGUUUCGCUCUGAAAUCAGUCCCAUUAAAAGGGAAGCAAUGCACUUCGAGUCUAACAACAAAAACAACCUGCACAUGUUGACUGGAAGCAGAGACCUACCCCCCCGGGGCAGAGGGGACCCCUCGGAUAUCGUGUCCCCUACCACGCUGGCACUGCACAAGGUAACCUUAAGGAAGGACCCCGACAGCAAUGACUUUGGCUUCAGUGUAUCCGACGGGCUUCUGGAGAAAGGAGUUUAUGUCAACAUGAUCCGCCCCGACGGCCCAGCUGACAAGGCGGGGCUGAAACCCUUCGACCGCAUUCUUCAGGUGAACCGAGCCAGGACCAGGGACUUGGACUGCUGUCUGACUGUACCUCUUAUUAUAGAGGCAGGGGCCGCCCUGGACCUGGUCAUUAGCAGGAAUCCUCUGGCAGCAGACCCCGGGCGGCCCGACGACUCCAACGACCGCUCACAUUCACUGUUCUGCUUUCACGAGCAGCCCAGGACCAACAGCAUCGCCCUGUGACCACACAGAUAGACGGUAGCUUUAUGAAGCACUGGGACCACACACGCAUACACUCACACACACACUGUUGUGCACGGUACAUUUAUCACACGGUACCUCUCUGACACACCAACACAAAGAAUGGCCACUCUCACCGCCUGAAAGCAUCCCUCACUCACAAAGUUACAAGUGCAUGUGUUCACUUCUGCCGGUUUUAGUCACUGUGUUCCCAUGAUGCAGUUCAGAGGAGGCUCUGGCUUCAGGGCCCCCCCCCCCCCCCCCCCCACCACCCCCACCUCUUUCCUCUCCAGAGGCAAAGCCACAUGCAGGCUUAUAUAACAGGAGGAGUCAUAACAUCCUGGCUCAGUCAGAAGCUAACACACGCCUCUGGAGAGUCAAACACUGCACACACACAUACACACACUGCAUAUAUUUAAUAUCUUUUGCUCUGAUUGAGCUUCACGUUACCAUUUUAUUAUGCAAUCUUUUUGUUGCACAUAAAAUAUGCACAUGCAAUUCUUUAUAAAACACGCACGCACUGACACACAGGGUGUUAAUGGGCUCAAGUUCCAAGGCCCUUAUGCUUAUUUGAGUAAUUUCAUACACAACAUGGCUGACUGCCCUUGUUUCCAUUCUCUUCCCACACUGCCCGUCCCACAGAAGUGACAGGACCUCCAAAUAGACAAAAUGCUCCCUGGUAGUUUCCAAGGAUCGUUAGCUGAAUUGAAAACCUCCUUUCAUUUUAAUACCAGGAAUGCUUGUGAAGACACUCUACCCUUUCUGUUUUUCCUUGACGGUUUAAUAGUUUCUGAAUGGUUCCAGAGAGACUCCACUGUUCUCCACAGUUAUAUACAUUUAGUUUUUUUUUGCUCCCGUCUUGAUGACUCACCCUCACAUUAACAAAAAUGCUGUUUUCAGUUUCUGCACAUGUGUCUUGCUCGCACUGCGUUUGCACAUAAGGCACAUUUUAUGAUUUAUUUGUUGAAAAUUCCCUCACUUUCACAUUUCACUGUGUGACUCUGCGUCUCUAUAUGUGGCAUUACACCAGAAUGACUUAUGGGUUGGUUGGUGGUCCAUCACUGAUGCUUCCUUAAGUGAAUUACAUCCUUUCCCAAAACGGAGGAUGAAAUGCCUUUUACAUUUUCAGUGAUGAAUGAUUUUCUUGUUCUCAGUCCACAUCUGAUGUUCCCCUCUGCAGUAGCUGUUUUCUCUACCGUUAUCAAAAAGCAUGUAAGGCAUGGGUUUGUCUUUAGCAAGUAUCCCUCACUUAAAAAAAAAAAAACGGUAUUGGAAUUUGAUCUUUGCCCCGUUUUCAUCAUGUCUGUGUUUUUAUAAAGCUUUAGUGUAACAAAUCUGGCCUGCUGAUCCAGCUGCCUCUGGAGAUGAGAACCUGAUUCGUGUGUUGGCCGAUGUGAAGAUGUUGUGAGAUAGUUGCGAUGUUCAGAGAAGAUUGAAUAAUCCUUGGGACAGUGAAUUUUUUUUUAUCUGAUCCAGAUAUUUCUUAUAUAAAAUGACAUGUUAUACACAGAGGCCUAUUUCUAAGGUAUUUUAUUAAUUUACUGUAUCUUUUAUUUUGCUGUAUCAUUGGCAUGCUUUAUUUUUAUUUAAAGUAUAUGCACACAUUGAGUAUCUUCAUGAAAGCUGUGAUACUGAAUGUGGCUGCACAUAGUGUGGUCAAUUACAACAUCCUCCCUGAAUAAGUCAGGAAUAGUUUCAAAGUAACUUGAAAUAUUUAUUUAUUAAUAUGAUUUUUAUUUUUGUUAUUUAAUUUAUUAUAAACUAAGAAAUGUAUUUCUUUUUAUGAGAAUAAAGUUCAUGAAACCAUA